AUGGACAGCUUGAUGGACAUGUUAGCCAGAGUGGAGGUCUUCACCAUCGAUGAGAAUCUACCUGACACUAUGAAGUGGGGGAACAAGGGCAUCUUUACCGUGAAAGAAUGCUAUAAGCACAUCUGUCCUCAGAACCAGGAUAAUCUCAAUAGAAGAGGCUUUCAACUGGUCAACAGAUGCUACAUGUGUAAGGAAAGCUCAGAGAAUGUCAGUCACAUGCUCUUGCAUUGCCCAGUUGCCACUGAUCUGUGGAAUAUGUUUUUUUGUCUUUUCGGUUUGAACUGGGUCAUGCCGUCGUAUAUUAGGGAGGCAUACACAAGCUGGAGUCUUUGGGAAGUUGAUAAGGCCAUCAAGGAGAUCUGGUUAAUGAUUCCUGCAGUUAUUUUUUGGAGUUUGUGGAAUGAAAGGAACCAAAGAUGCUUUGGUGGAAUCUCAACUCCAAAUCACACUCUUAAAGCUAAUUGUUUGCUCACCCUUUUUAGCUGGGUGAAGUUAACCCCUCUGUGUCAGCUGACCAGAAUGCCCAUGCUGCUUAAUUGUAAUAUUCAGGCAACCAGAAUGGCUACUAAGACAAUGGUGCAAGAACAAGAUGGUCAUCCUGUAUGGGGUUCAUAUGCGCAGCGCCUACUAGACCCUCAAUCAGGACUAUGGAGAAACCCUAGUGGAGGUGGGCAUGAUGACAAAGCCCAUCCACCCAUUCAUCCAACUAAAUUUUCUGCUGGAGAAUCUAGGUGGAGCCAAGACCACCAUAGAGUGUAUGAGUUGGUUGUUCGCCAUUUCUUGGCCUGUGUUUCUAAACCUGCUGUUGGGGCUGAAACUACAGUUGAGAUUGAUAUUGCUGGUGAAUCCUUUUUUACAUGUGGGAGAGUGAUACUUGCAAAAAACUACCUUGACGUGUACCGAUUUGAAUCAUGGGGAGGUUCAGUGAUCCCCCCGUACACUUUUGGUCAACAGUUUAUACCAACAAGUUUGACCCUUGAUUCAGGAGUUACUAGACCUCCUCCCCUAUUAAGUGAGGCUGAUCUAUUGGGUUGUAUGGACAAGGCUGGCAUUGGAACUGAUGCAACAAUGCAUGACCAUAUAAAGAAACUACUUGAUCGAUUUUAUGCAAUUAAAGACUCGAGCACUCGGUUCUCGCCAACUAAACUAGGGGAGGCGCUAGUUAUGGGAUAUGAUGAUAUGGGUUAUGAACUAUGGAAACCAUAUCUCCGUGCUAUGAUGGAAUGUGAUAUGAAAGCUGUUAGCAUGGGAACCAAGAGAAAGACAGAGGUUCUAGAAACUUCCUUGCAGCAGAUGAAAGCUUGUUUUUUAGAUGCCAGGGCAAACAAAGGAAAACUCUUUGAAGCCAUGGCUAUCUUCUUUGAAAGAUCAAAUAGAUCCAGCGGUGGCGAGCAACAAGCAGUUGGAGAUGUCGUGCGGAGAUGUGGACUUUGUCUAGAAUCAGAUAUGGUACUCAGACAAAAACCGGAUGGUAAUUUUAUGGUUGGUUGCUUGGGUUACCCACAAUGCAGAAAUGUUGUCUGGCUACCUGGAUCUCUAUCAGAAGCUUCUGUUAUGGAGAAUACGUGCACCAGCUGCGGUCCAGGACCAGUAUACAAGAUUCAGUUUAGAUUUCGUCGGCUGGAAAUACCGCCAAAUUAUAGUGCUCAUCAUAUAGGUUGCAUUGGUGGGUGUGAUGAUAUUCUAAGGCAGCUGGUGGAAAUUUGCGGAACUGGUGCUCGCAGUAGUUCAAACACUUUCGAAAACGGAACUUCCAUUGCCGUGUUUUUUUUUUUUUUGGAAAACAGUAGGCUACCUGUGGGACCACUCUGUGCAAAGGCUGUGUUGAGUUGUCCCACAUCGCUAAUCCUUUCUAACAAUGCAGGAGAACCUUCAAUCCCUUGUAAUUCAUGUGGAGCGCCUUGCAAUUUGCGCACUGCCAAUACUGCCAACAACAGGGGAAGAAAGUUCUUUUCAUGUCAAUCACGGGAGUGCAAUUUUUUCAUUUGGGAAGAUACCCUCAAUGGAGGUGAGCGUACAAAUACUUCUGCGUCCACUAGCAGCAGAAGAGGAGGCCGUGGCCAAGGUGGUCCAAAUACCAGUGGUGUGUCAUUUGUGUCAGCAACAGGUGAACCAAUAACUGGCCGAUGUUUCAUCUGCGGUGAUCCAGGUCACUUUGCUAAUGUCUGUCCACGUCGUGGUUGAUGAAUUUGAAUUCUCUUGCAUUAAAGAUGUUUUUGCACUGAAUAGGCCAAUCUUAACUCGCAGAAUUAGAUUCAUUCUUUUUAUGGUACCAUUAUGUGUGCUUCGUCACUCUAAUUGUUGGUCUCUUCUAAGUAGGAUGUGAAUGUAACACCUCUUUUGGUGUAUAUAGCAUAGCAAUUUUAGGAAACUUUUUAACUCUGUUCAGUAGUUUCUGUAGUAUAUAUGUAUUGAGACAUUUUUUUUUUGGAGUGAAAUGUUAAGCUUUUCACAAUCUCAGAACUCCGGUUUUACAUAUGGACCUUUGCCUAUUGAA